AGGCCCGCCCCACACAGUGCGGCGUGGAAAGCAGGGAGAGCGGAGUUUGUGCGAGUCACCGAGACAAAUCUGCGCAGCAUGGCUACUAACGAUUAUUCACAGCAGGCAAGCCAAGGGUAUGGGGCUUACCCCUCCCAGCCAGCUCAGAGCUAUUCCCAGCAGGGAAGCCAGCCCUACAGCCAGCAGAGCUACAGCGGCUAUGGCCAGUCUGGAGCUGCUUCAUCUUAUGGACAGAGUGGUGGCUACAGCUCCUCUUAUGGGCAAGACCAGAACUCUGGAUAUAGCUCACAGUCUGCCCCUCAGAGCUAUGGGACUGGAAGCUAUGGUAAUUCCCAAUCUUCCCAAAGCACCUACUCUGCAGGACAGCAACCAUCUCAGUCCUCCUACUCCAGCUACCCCCAGCAGCCUCCAGCCAGCAGUAACACUGGAAGUUAUGGCAGCAGCUCUCAGACUCCUUCUUACCAGCAACAACAGAGCACUGGCUAUGGACAACAACCCAGUGGUGGUGGCAGUGGUUAUGGUGGACAACAGAGUGGCUACGGGGGCCAACAGCAAUCUAGCUAUGGGAGCCAACCGAAUCAAAGCAGCUACAGCAGUCAGCAGCCUAGCUCGUAUGGACAGCAGUCCAGCUACAAUUCCCCGCAGGGCUAUGGCCAACAGCAAGCACAGUAUGGUGGUGGAGCUGGAGGAUACAACCAGGAUUCCCCUUCCAUGGGCAGUGGAGGCUAUGGUGGCUCUGACCAGGGAAGCUUUGGUGGGCCAGAUGGCAGGGGCAGAGGUCGUGGAGGCUUUGGUGGGCGCGGAGGCUUUGACCGAGGUGGUAGAGGCAGCCGUGGAGGUCGAGGAGGAAUGGGCGGUGGUGAUCGGGGAGGAUUCAGUAAAUUUGGUGGACCACGUGAGGGAGGACCUCCCCCCAGACAUGACAUGGGUGGUGCUGAACAAGACAACUCUGACAAUAACACAAUCUUUGUGCAAGGCCUUGGUGAGAAUGUAACAGUAGAGUCAGUAGCAGAAUACUUCAAACAGAUUGGAAUCAUUAAGACUAACAAGAAGACUGGAUUGCCCAUGAUAAAUCUCUACACGGAUCGUGAGACUGGAAAACUGAAGGGUGAAGCAACGGUCUCCUUUGAUGAUCCACCAUCUGCUAAAGCUGCCAUAGACUGGUUUGAUGGCAAGGAGUUUUCGGGUAACCCUAUAAAGGUGUCCUUUGCUACAAGGAGGGCAGAUUUCAAUAGCCGUGGUGGUGCUGCUGGUGCUGGUGCCAAUGGCCGAGGCAGAGGACGUGGAGGUCCCAUGGGACGAGGGGGCUUUGGAGGUCCACCUGGCCCAGCCAGCAGCAGAGGAGGAGGAGGUGGUGGUGGUGGAGGAGCAGGAGGAUAUCCUAGCGGUGGUGGAGGACAACAGCGAGCUGGAGACUGGAAGUGUCCCAACCCAACCUGUGAUAACAUGAACUUCUCCUGGAGAAACGAGUGUAACCAGUGCAAGGCACCCAAACCAGAUGGACCCGGCGGGCCAGGUGGAUCUCACAUGGGUGGUGGUGGUGGAGGUGGAUUCGGUGAUGACCGAAGGGGUGGCCGUGGCGGUUUUGACCGUGGAGGCUUUAGAGGAAGGGGUGGAGAUAGAGGUGGUUUCCGGGGAAGCAGAGGGGGAGACCGUGGAGGUUUUGGACCAGGCAAAAUGGAAUCCAGGGGGGACCACAGACAAGACAGACGAGAGAGGCCAUAUUAGCUGUCGCCAGCAGACUUCUACCUUCAAUUUGUUUUGGUUUUAUUUUGUAUUUUCAGGUGUAUCCUAUGGAUUCUUGCUGAAUAUUCUGUUCAUGUACACUUUGUAUUGCGUCCACUGUGCGCCUGUGAAUUUUAUUAGUCUUUGUAUAAAGUCCCUUACCCAUUAAACAGAUGCCCUUUUGAUUGUGGGGUUUUUCAUAA